CAAAAACCACUUCUCUUCAAUUUUUCACUUUUGAGAUUUUUUGAUUCCACCCUCAAGUCUCCUUCUUCUUGGUUGGUUUCUUCCUCCCACAACAUCAAAAAUUAAAAAAACCAACCAACCAAGAAGCAUGUUCAUCUCUUUUUUUGCAUGACUUCUCUCUCUCAUUCACCCUUUUUUAUUUAUGUUUUAUUCACUCUCCUUCAUGCAUGGUCUUAAGGUUUUUUGUUUCAACAUUAGUUGGAGCUAGGCCUAUUAAGCCAUGUUGUGAUUAAUUUUAAAUUUUUUUAUAUUUCUUCCCCAAGAUAUACAUCAAGGAAGAUAAUUUUAGUUGGUUUCAUUGAAGAUUGAAGCAUCAAAAUUCAACACCUAGGGUUUUUGGUGCAAAUAUAAUGUCGACUAAGGUGAAAGGCCUUCUUAAAGGACUUAGAUACAUUUCUCAAAUAUUUGAUGAGAAAGAAGAUGAAAUUCAAAUUGGGUUCCCAACAGAUGUAAAGCAUGUGGCACAUAUUGGAUCAGAUGAUCCAUCAGCAAAUGCACCUAGCUGGAUGAAUGAGUAUAAAGGAACAAAUCCAUCAGGAGCAAUAAACGAUACUGAAACGCCAGAAGAAGGCAAUAACAAAUCUUCGAAUUCAAAAGAAAAAUCAUCAAAGAUUCGACAUCUAAUUCCAAAAUCAAGACACCAAUCAAUUGACAGUGAAGCCAACUCAACAACAAAGAAACAAACACGUCGCCAUCUCCGAUCAUCAGAUCCGUCUGCAGAAACCUCAGCACACGAUUCAUCAGGUGGUUCUCGACAUAGACGACACCGUCGUGGCUCAAAUCACGACCCUGAUUCACAGUCAAUUGAUGUUCCACCGACAGGCACCAAAACUCAUAGGAGGAAAACCAAGAAUUCAGAAGAUGGUUCAGUGCGAAAGCCUUCUUCAAGAAGAUCAUCUAAAGGGGAUUCAUUAACCGAUAUCUCUCUUUCAGAUUUUGGAUCUGGGUCUGUAUCAGAAAUUGGAAACGCACCUAAAUAGAAUUUAAGUUUAAAUAAAAUUUAAUUUAAAUUGGGAUGAGUGAGAGAGAAAGUAAGAACAUGCUUGGAUUUAUUUAUUUGAGCUUAUUUAGUGAUAUAAGCACUUAUAACAAGUUUUUGAGAGAAUUUAUGAAAAUAAUUUAUGACAUGUUCAUAAAAUGCUUUCGACUUAUUUUCAUAAACUCUCCAAAAUAGCUUAUGAAAAUAGCUUAUAGAUUACACAAAAAUAAUUUGACUUUAUUUUAUUUUGUGUUACAGAAAUAUCUUAUUCAUAAGUUCUUUCUUUAUUCAAAGAGGGUCUAAAUGUUGUUCUUGUUGUUCUAAUUAAUAACAAAUGUUAGGGAGAGAAGAAUCAGAAGUAAUUGUUUGCUUUUGCAACUUGUAAAUUACAAUUUUUUUCUAAAAUAUUUUAUAUGGGGUGUCAUUUCAA